AUGGAAAGUGACUACUCAGACAGUUGCAGUGAAACUGAUGACUCGUUCAGAAAACCAAUGAGUAAGAAACGAAAAACAACAGGUCGAGUUAGGGAUGUUAUGAGAGAUUUGCGAGCAGCGUCUCACGAGCUUGGGCCGGAUUGUAUCACCAAGUCAUCAGUUUAUAAUGUUUUACAAGAACAUCGCGAAAAUAAUGGUGAAUUUAGACCAGCAGUUGCGUACCAUAGAGGAAACAAAGUUCUUGAUACAAUUACAGAUCAACAUAAGAAUAUGAUUCGUCGGAUUGUUCACAGUUUCUUCUUAAAUAAUGAGCUUCCAACAAUCCAAAAAAUUCUUCAGAAAAUUUCUGAAAAUCCUCACAUCCCUAAUCUAAAGAAGACUACUUUGGGAAAAGUAUUGAAAUCAAUUAAUUUUCGCUUUAAGAAAAGAUGCCGAAAUAGUGUCCUAAAGGAAAAAAAUGAGAUUAUAUCGUGGAGGCGUCGAUACUUGCGAAGUAUAAAGCAGUAUAAACAGGAAAAUCGAAGUAUCUUCUAUCUGGAUGAGACUUGGGUCAACGCUGGCCAUACUGUUGACAAAGUUUGGACAGAUAUAUCAAUUACCAGUGCUCGACAAGCGCAUGUGGAAGGCCUAGCUACAGGACUUAAGCAUCCUUCUGGAAAAGGAAAAAGACUCAUUGUCUUACAUAUCGGUUCCAAAGAUGGGUUUGUCGAUAAUGGAUUGCUAUUGUUCGAGUCUAAGAAAACUGGUGACUACCACGAAGAUAUGAAUUCAGAUGUUUUCGAGCAGUGGUUACAAAGAAUUCUACCAACUCUACCUCAAAAUACGGUUAUUGUCUUAGACAAUGCAGCAUACCACAGUAGGAAAUACGAAAAAAUGCCAACCAGUGCCAUGCGGAAGGCUGAUAUUCAAAGUUGGUUACGACAAAAGAAUAUUCCAUACACUGAUGAUAUGGUCAAGGCAGAACUAUUAGCAUUGGUAAAAGAUAAUCUAUUGAACAGAAAUAUGUGGUAG